CGCAGAGAGGCGCGUGCGCAGUGAGUGACGCACAGCAGCGCAGGGAUGUUGAUCACUGAACGCGUUUGAGCUCGAGAUCGACGCAUUUCAAUCGAAAUCUUAAGAUUAAUCAUCAUGAAGUUAACGCGUAAACUCGUCCUAGCUCGAGCUAAAGCCUCGGACCUGGAAAGCGUGAAGAAGCUGAACUGCUGGGGCUGCAAUCUGACAGAUAUCUCUAUAUUCGUGGAGAUUCCUAAUAUUGAGGUUCUCACGCUGAGUGCGAAUCAGAUCUGGUCUCUGGAGCACCUCUCAUCGUGUCAGCAGCUCAGCGAGCUCUAUCUGAGACGCAAUAACAUCUGCAGUCUGUCGGAGCUGAAGCAUCUGCAGCAGCUGAGCCGUCUGAAGGUGCUGUGGCUCGCUGAGAACCCCUGCUGCGACGCUGACCCACACAGAUACCGCAUGACCGUCAUCAGAAACCUGCCCGGCCUGCACAAACUAGACAACCAGGUGGUUACGGAGGAGGAGCUCAUCCAAGCAUUGAAGGAAGGGGAGGAGCUUGUUUCACCUCCAGGCCCCGCCCCCACCAGCUCAACCAAUGGGCUCACAGAAGCCGACUCGGAGGCGGAUCCUCUGAACUACAGCAUGGAGGAAACCAAUAAGAUUCGAGCUCAGCUGGGGAUGAAGCUGCUCCCCCGAGACAAGUUCCCCUCGCUGACGUCCCCUCGAGAGACCGGAGACACGCCGAAGAGGAAGAGUCACACGCUGGAGGCCGUUCUCCUCCUGAUGAAGGAUCUGGACGUGGAGGAGCUGAAGAUCGUUCAGUCGGUCACCGAGAGCAAACUCCGAUCACGCAGUCGCCGGAGAGAGCGAGAGAAGUCUCCCAUCUGCUCAUGAACACCGGCGGAAAACACUGGAAACAGUGAGCUCUGUCCUGGAUAUAACAUUAAAACACUGAAUCUGUCAUUGAUCGUCACGCUAAACGCCUCGCUCGUGAUCCUUACCAAGAUGCCUUUCUUAUGUUCAGAUUAAGACGUUUUCUUAAUGUUCUGCUUUGUUAUGAUCUAAAUGAAGUGUAACUAUGUUUUGGUGUGUUUUGAGAUAAUAUAUGAGAAUGUAUUUUUCUAUGUAAAUAAACUUGGAUGCAUAAGAAUAUA